AUAGAGAUAGGAUUCAGGCGCGCCAAAAGGCCCCUCUCCACCAGCUACCAACGCCCAUCCAUGGCUUCCCCUUUAUCCUCAUCUCCGUUCUUCUCUUACACUUUCAAACCCUCUCUUAACUUUCUCUCCAAUUCUGCAAAGCAAACUCUGAUCAACACCCAUUUUGCGUUUCCGGUGAUCCAUGCAAAGCACACCAAAAAUGGUGCCGAUUCGGGCAGUUUCAAGAUCUACUGCAGUUCUUCUAACGACAGCGCACAGGAUAAAUUGGAGCAUAAAGGCUCUCCUUUCAACUUCUUCCUAUCAGAUCAUGGACAUGCAUUUAAGAAACUCGAGAGUUUCGUCGCUACAGCCCUUAUUUUCGUUCAUAUCGCAUCUCCAAUUACUUCAUUGGGUUGGGAUUAUUGGUCUAUCGCUCCAGCCAAUGCUGUUCUCUAUUCUCCUGACACCAAAGUCCCCAGAACCGGGGAACUUGCUUUGAGGAGAGCUAUCCCUGCGAACACAAAUAUGAAGGCUAUACAGGAAUCGUUGGAGGACAUCUCGUACUUACUGAGAAUACCACAGAGAAAGCCAUAUGGAACCAUGGAGGGUAAUGUCAAGAAAGCCCUUAAGAUAGCAAAGGAUGAGAAAGAUUCUAUUUUGGCCAGUAUACCAGCAGAGCUGAGAGACAAAGGUUCCUUGCUGUAUGCAUCUCUCAUUGAUGGGAAGGGUGGAUUGCAAGAGCUCCUUCAAUAUAUCAAUGAUAAGGACCCUGAUAAAGUAUCUGUAGACCUUGCAUCAUCAUUGGAUACUGUUGCAGAAAUCGAACUGUUGCAGGCCCCUGGAUUGUCUUUUCUGUUGCCAGAGCAAUACUUGAAAUAUCCUAGACUGACGGGAAGAGCGACUGUUGAACUUACAAUCGAGAAAGGGGAUGGAACAGCAUUUUCACCUGAAGUUGGUGGUGAACCAAGAAAGACUGCCACGAUUCAGAUGGUUAUUGAUGGAUACUCAGCGCCAUUGACUGCAGGAAAUUUCGCAAAAAUGGUAGUUGAUGGAGCAUAUGAUGGGGCAAAGCUCAGUUGUGCCAACCAAGCUGUUCUCGCAGAUAGUGGCAUUGAUAAGAGCGCUGGCUUUAGAGUUCCUUUAGAGAUAAUGCCAUCUGGGCAAUUCGAACCAUUGUACAGGACCACAUUAAGUAUACAGGAUGGUGAAUUGCCAGUUCUUCCCAUGUCUGUUUACGGGGCAGUUGCAAUGGCACACAGUGCUGACUCCGAUGAAUACUCUUCGCCUUAUCAGUUUUUCUUCUAUUUAUAUGAUAAAAGAAAUUCCGGCCUCGGAGGUAUAUCUUUUGACGAAGGGCAAUUUUCUGUUUUCGGCUACGCAACUACAGGGAGAGAUAUCCUUUCACAGAUUAAAACAGGAGAUGUUAUUCGAUCUGCUAAGCUAGUAGAAGGCCAAGAUCGCCUCGUAGUCCCUAGUGAGAGUUAAUCUGCUUGUUUUUAUAACCAAGGAAUGGAAUUGUUCAUAUACGAGGAUGCAAAUUUUUGCCUGGUUUUAUAUCAGACAUGACUUGGAACCCUUUUGGCCAUCAUUCUCUGGGGCAAUUGCUACGGUUGAAUUAUAUCGAAAUUCUAGAACAUUCUCCAUUCAUCUA